AUUCUGUCCCUGUAGCUGAACACUGAGUUACUUUUGCAUAACAGAGUAAAGCUAUGGAGAGAAUAUACAGCGUGCUCGGCCUGGAGUGGAUUGACGGCGGGAGCAUUUUACUAUUUGUGUGUGUUUUCCUGCUUCUGACUGAUUUUUUGAAGAACAGAGUGCCAAAAAACUUUCCUCCUGGACCGUGGGCUCUUGCUUUCAUUGGUGAUCUUUGGCGUAUCCAACCUGCCAGGCUUCACUUGCAGUUCGCAGAGUUUGCAGAGAAGUAUGGAAAUGUUUUCAGCCUGCGACUAUUUGGUGGAAGAAUUGUGGUCGUGAAUGGCUACAAGUCUGUGAAAGAGGCCUUGGUACAAAAAGGAGAAGACUUAAUUGAUCGUCCUGUCAUACCCAUAUUUGAACUAGCAGAAAACAGAGGUCUUGUGAUGUCAAAUGGUUAUCCAUGGAAGCAACAGAGGAAAUUUGCUCUUCACACUCUCAGAAACUUUGGUCUGGGCAAGAAGACCCUGGACUUAUCCAUCCAGCAGGAGUGCCAGUACCUCAUAGAGGCUUUUGCAGAUAAUCAAGGAAAGCCCUUUAAUACCCAGUCACUGAUAAACAACGCUGUGUCCAACAUCAUCUGCUGUUUGGUGUUUGGGAAUCGAUUCGACUACACUGACAAGGAGUUUCAGUCUAUUCUCCAGAAAUUCAACAAGAUUAUGCAUUUACAGGGAAGUUUGUCAGUACAGAUGUACAACACAAUGCCCUGGCUGAUGAAGUGGAUUCCUGGAUCUCACAAGGAAAUAUUAUUUCUGGUACAACAGUUAAUUGAGUUUGUAAAGGUAAAGGUCAAUGAACACAAAGAAAAUAUUGACCCUUCAUCACCAAGAGAUUACAUUGAUGCUUUUCUCAUAGAAAUGGGAGAGAAGGAGAACAAAGAAUCUGGUUUUGAUUUACAAAAUCUGUGUUUUUGCGCUCUGGAUCUUUUUGGUGCUGGAACUGAAACUACAACCACUACUUUACACUGGGGACUGCUUUACAUGAUCUACUACCCUGACAUACAAGAGAGAGUCCAGGCUGAGAUAGAUGCUGUGGUUGGUUCAUCCAGACAGCCCUCUAUGAGUGACAGAGAAAAAAUGCCCUAUACUGAUGCUGUCGUUCAUGAGAUUCAGAGAAUGGCCAACAUCAUCCCCCUCAAUUUGGCUCACAUGACAAGCAAAGACACCACACUGGAUAACUAUGCAAUCCCAAAGGGUACCAUAAUCAUAACUUUACUGCACUCGGUCCUGUGUGAUGAAUCGAUGUGGGAAACUCCACACACCUUCAACCCUCAACAUUUUCUGGACCAGGAUGGUAAAUUCAGGAAGAGAGAAGCCUUUAUGCCUUUCGCUGCAGGUAAGCGUGUGUGUCUUGGGGAACAGCUGGCCAGGAUGGAGUUAUUCCUGUUCUUUACCUCCCUCCUCCAGAGAUUUUCAUUCACUGCACCUGCUGGAGAGCAGCCCAGUCUGGAGUUCAAGUUGGGAGUAGCUCGGGCCCCCAAACCUUAUUGCCUCUGUGCUGUACCACGAUAAAGCAAUAAAUGGCACAUAAAAUGCCAUGUUUCUUUGCAUGUAUCUUUAUCUAUCUCAAAUUUGAGGGUAUAGUUUAUUCAGGAAGGAGGGCUUUCUGCAAUCUAAAAUAUUCAAGUGUGCAAAAGUAAAUAAAACAAACUCCUUAAAAGAAA